AAAUAAAGUAAUGUUAGUUGUUUUUUUUAAUGAAACACGUAAUUCUUGUAAUUUGCAGAAUAUUCCCAGAUGUAAAUAUGACUAGAAUGAAUACAUGGAAUGAAUUUUUGGAUCGUUAUUGCUGCCCUUAUUUACUGGAACCUACAGAGCCAUUAUUUCGAAGAGUGGGAAAUAUGUUUAUUACUGAGUUAAUUGCAGAAUUUGGGACUGACCACUUUUAUAAUUGUGAUACUUUUAAUGAAAUGGUCCCUCAGUCUGAAGACUUGGUGUAUCUAAGAAAUGUUGGUGCUGCAAUUUUUGAAGCAAUUUCUUAUGUAGAUCCCCAAGCUAUCUGGCUACUUCAGGGCUGGCUGUUUGUUAAUGAAGCUACUUUUUGGAAUCAGAACCGAGUUCAAGCCUUUGUCACCAGUGUACCACUAGGUAGAAUGAUAGUGUUGGAUUUGCAAUCAGAGCUUAUUCCACAAUAUGGUCGUCUUGAUUCAUACUUUGGUCAGCCUUUUAUAUGGUGUAUGCUUCACAAUUUUGGAGGUACAUUGGGUCUGUACGGUGCUGCUGAGAAUAUUAACUCAGGUAUUUUUAAUGCUCGAUCUAUGAAUGGAAGUACCAUGGUUGGAAUUGGGCUUACACCUGAAGGCAUUAAUCAGAAUUAUGUUGUGUAUGAUCUUGUUCUUGAUUUAACGUGGAGGACUGAACCUGUAAAUUUAACUUUAUGGUUUUCUUCAUACGUUCACAGACGAUAUGGUCACACUACCGCUGAUGUGGAUAAGGCUUGGCAGUUUCUCAAGUCUGGUGUGUAUAAUUUUACUGGUUUACGUCGUGUACGUGGCAAAUACAUUAUAUGUCGAAGACCAACACUUCGCCUCAAGCCUUGGUAUUGGUAUAAUACAACUGAACUGAAAUUGGCAUGGGAUGGUUUUGUAAAUGCAGCUUCAGAACUCGGCUCCUCUCCUUUAUUUCAACAUGAUUUAGUUGAUGUAACUCGCCAGGCUUUGCAAGUACUGGGUGAUGGGCUGUACACACAAAUUGUUCGUGGCUUUCAGAAGAAGAAUUUACCCUUUUAUCAAGAAAAUGUUGACAUGUUUCUACAACUACUUGAAGAUAUAAAUGAAAUUUUAGGAACAAAUAAACAGUUUCUUCUUGGUGUUUGGUUAAACAAUGCAAAAAGGAGAGCUACAUAUUCAGUAGAACGCAUUAUUUAUGAAUUUAAUGCUAGGAAUCAAAUUACAUUGUGGGGUCCUCUAGGAGAAAUCAGGGAUUAUGCAACUAAACAGUGGUCAGGUGUUGUAUCAGAUUAUUAUUAUCCUCGCUGGGAAUUGUUUUUUGAUUUUCUACAUCUCAGCCUUAUAACCAAGACUCCAUUUAAUCAGACUCAUUUUGCUAUAAGAGUCUUUGAAACUGUAGAAGAACCAUUUACAUUGGAUAAUAGUUCCUACCCGGAUGCGCCUCAAGCAAUAUUGCCACAUAUGAACAAUUUACCUGUAUCUACCACUAGUGAUGAAGCACAAACAGCUGCAGCAAAAGCUGUAGCCCAAAGGCUUUUGAAUAGAAAGGCAGCCCUUUUUAUUAUUAAAGUUAAUAAGACCAUUAGUCAUGAUAAUAAGGAUACAUUUCAGGUGGUAAAAGACACAGCUACAGGAAAAGUGAAUAUUACAGGAAGCUCUGGAGUUUCGGCAUGUUGGGGUUUACAUCAUUAUUUGAAACAUUAUUGUAAUUGUCAUAUCUCUUGGGAUGGAGAUCAACUGCUUUUACCUGAAGAACUACCAGACAUAUCUAUUUCUGUGUCUGCUUUGGAUUUGUAUCGUUACUAUCAAAAUGUUGUUACUACUAGUUACAGUUUUGUAUGGUGGGAUUGGAAUCGUUGGCAAAGGGAAAUAGAUUGGAUGGCUCUAAAUGGAAUAAACAUGGCUCUUGCCUUCACAGGACAGGAAGCAAUUUGGGAACGUGUCUACCUCAAAUUAAAUUUAACACAAAAAGACAUUGAAGAGCACUUUUGCGGGCCAGCAUUUCUUGCCUGGUGUCGAAUGGGAAAUAUUAGAGGGUGGGGUGGUCCUUUGCUUUCAGACUGGCAUCUCAAUUCAUUACAAUUACAACACAGUAUUCUUCAAAGUAUGCGGGACCUGGGUAUACUGACAAUUUUACCUGCAUUUGCUGGACAUGUACCAAAAGCUUUUAAAAGUCCUUAUUUACUGGAACCUAAAGAGCCAUUAUUUCGAAGACUGGGAAAUAUGUUUAUUAAUGAAUUAAUUGCAGAAUUUGGGACUGACCACUUUUAUAACUGUGAUACUUUUAAUGAAAUGGUCCCUCAGUCUCAAGGCUUGGUGUAUCUAAGAAAUGUUGGUGCUGCAAUUUUUGAGGCAAUUUCUGAUGUAGAUCCUCAAGCUAUCUGGCUACUUCAGGGCUGGCUGUUUGUUAAUCAAGCUUCUUUCUGGAAUCGCGACCGAGUUCAAGCCUUUGUCACCAGUGUACCACUUGGUAGAAUGAUUGUAUUAGAUUUGCAAUCAGAGCUUAAUCCACAAUACAGUCGUCUUGAUUCAUAUUUUGGUCAACCUUUUAUAUGGUGUAUGCUUCACAAUUUUGGUGGUACAUUGGGUCUGUAUGGCGCUGCUGAGAAUAUUAACUCUGGUAUUUUUAAUGCUCGAUCUAUGAAUGGAAGUACCAUGACUGGAAUUGGACUUACGCCUGAAGGCAUUAAUCAGAAUUACGUUGUGUUUUCUUCAUAUGCAAUCAGACGAUAUGGUCACACUACCACUGAUGUGGAUAAAGCUUGGCAGUUUCUCAAGUCUGGAGUGUAUAAUUUUACUGAUUUACAUCGUGUAGAUGGCCAAUACAUUAUAUGUUUGCGACCAACACUUCAUUUCAAGCCUUGGUAUUGGUAUAAUACAACUGAACUGAAAUUGGCAUGGGAUGGUUUUGUAAAUGCAGCUUCAGAACUCGGCUCCUCUCCUUUAUUUCAACAUGAUUUAGUUGAUGUAACUCGCCAGGCUUUGCAAGUGCUGGGUGAUGGACUGUACACACAAAUUGUGCGUGGCUUUCAGAAGAAGAAUUUACCCUUUUAUCAAGAAAAUGUUGACAUGUUUCUACAACUACUUGAAGAUAUAAAUGAAAUUUUAGGAACAAAUAAACAGUUUCUUCUUGGUGUUUGGUUAAACAGUGCAAAAAGGAGAGCUACAUAUUCAGUAGAACGCAUUAUUUAUGAAUUUAAUGCUAGGAAUCAAAUUACAUUGUGGGGUCCUCUAGGAGAAAUCAGGGAUUAUGCAACUAAACAGUGGUCAGGUGUUGUAUCAGAUUAUUAUUAUCCUCGCUGGCAAUUGUUUUUUGAUUUUCUACGUCUAAGCCUUAUAACCAAGACCCCAUUUAAUGAGACUCAUUUUGCUAUAAGAGUCUUUGAAACUGUAGAAGAACCAUUUACAUUGGAUAAUAGAAAUAGUGUUGAAGUGGCCCGACGAUUACAUUCUUUUUGGCGUAACAGUUCAGUUUGGUCAGAGCUUAAUACAGAAAUAGAAAUAAAGAAUUGUAAAGAAGAUUUAGAACCACAUAGCAUUCUUGUUCUACUUCUUGUCCCUCAGGCAUUAAACCUGUUUGUCUGUUGUGGUGUUAUUCUAGUUUAAAAAGAAUUUUACAACCCUUUUCUGGCAGUAAUGUGGCAACUAUAUUUUCACCAUGCUGCCCUUUAUGAAAUGAGCUGAUUAUUAUUUUAAGGAUUGAUUAGUGUUUUUCUCUAAAGCACAUGAAAGAAAUCAUGGUAUUGAGAUAUUUUAAAAAUUACCCUUUUGUGAUAUAUAUAUUGAUACUAAAACAAACACUUAUUCCUACAUUAUUUUUCAGACCAAUUAAAAAGUCCCUAAAUAGUUAAGGAAUGUAAUCCUAUGCAAUUAGUUUAAGGACUUUUGUAUCUCAAAGUUCAUUUUCUGAUUUUAUUUACCAAUUUGUAAACAUAUUUAAAUAGGUUUGAUAUUCUCUCAUAUGGAAAGUGUUUUAACAUCAAGACACAGAAGAGCUAGUAAAAUGUAUAGUGUAUGCUAUAUUCUUAAGAAAUUGGAUAUUCUGUGGGCACAAGUAGUGUGCCUCUAUCCACAACAAUGAUUUUUAUAAAAUAAAUUUUAAAAAAUAAUAAAAAGAAAAGAAACAUGAUGUUGCAGAUAUUGAUGGUCAAAAAAUGUUUUGUUAGUUGUUAAUUUGUUAAUUGUUCCUCCUGUAAUGAUUUACCAUUUCCUAUUGUUAUAUUCUGAUUGAUGCAUUAUUCUUGUAAUCAAAAUGUGAUUUUUUUCCUAACAUUUUGCUAAAAGUAUAAAAGCACAGUCACCAUGCCUUGCAAUUUUUAAGUGUAAUGCGAAUGAGAAUCUUGAAAAAAAUACAAAAUUUUUUCUUGUUUACUAUCUCAUAUUGUAUAUACUGUUUAAUAUUGUUUGGCUACAUAUAUCCCUUUUAUAGUGUUCAAGAGCUGUAAUUGUAAAGAAAACAAUACAAAACAAAUGUUGUUUGUCAAUUAAAUCAAAUUAAAAAAUUGUUUAUAACAGUGCCUGUUUUUUCUUGAAAUGAUUUUAUAUUAUUAACUGUUUCAAAGUAAAGUUUUUUGAGGGA